UUUGUAGGCUCUUGUAAACAGGAGCUUGAGAGGGGCGAUAAAAAGUAAAAUUUUAUUCGUGUUUGACAUUCCGGUAAGGAUUUAUAAAAAGUUCGCCAUGACCUCUCAGAUACCACAAAGUGCGCCAGAUUUACGACGACUUUCGUGUCACGAAGCUUUAAACCGCAAUAAACGAGGGUGGUCUUUAACUCCUGCGAUGGACAAAUUUACAUGUGUUCAAAAUAUCUCUUCUGGUACUAUUAUUCGCCGAAACAGUCAGCAACGGCCGCUAGGAGAUCAUUCAUUCUUUCAAAGCAAAGAAUCAAAGCAAAAGAAAACUGGGCGAUCAUAUUCUGUACACAAUUCUUCGCACCUGCAGAUGGAAUUAUCAGAAAAGUUUCUCUUUCGACAAAGAUUUGCGAGUUUUCCACUCGACGCCAACUCCAUAUUCAAUCCCAGACUUUCCAGAUUUCCUGAAAACUACGGGGGCUUUUAUCAGACACUACGGAACUUUUCAUCAACGCCCAAAGGUGUGGUAAACCAGGGGGAUUCUUUUCGUUCUCGCAAAAACAGCUUAUCAACAAAAGAUUCGCAUCCUCAGAGCCUUCCAGCUUUCAUCAACCAAUCUUCCAUUAGAAAUGGCGACGUUCCUCGUAGGAUCUUCAGAGUAGCUGUGAGUGGAAGUUCUGAAGUGGGCAAGUCUCUUCUAACUCGACAGUUUACUACAUCUGAGCUCAUUUGUACUUUCGACAGCGUUAUGGAUGAUGGACGAGAUACCUCAGUGAACGUAGUAUUAAAUCAGGACGAAUCCACGAUGAUUUUUUCAGAAUGCACCCUGUCGGCAGAUAAGUGUUCAUCAGAAUCAUCCAAUACAGAUGCUCACAUAGUCGUUUAUUCGGUAGCAGAUCGAACUAGUUUCCAUUCCGCCAAGUGUUUUCUAGAACGACUUUCAGAGGGCGUGAACCAACCAAUAAUACUAGUAGGAAACAAAACUGACCUGGUUCGCCACCGUGUAAUCACAACACAUGAGGGCCGCAGCUUAGCAAGAAAACAUGGCUGCAAAUUCAUUGAAACUGCUGCAUGUAUAAAUUACCAGGUAGAUGAACUUCUUGUUGGAAUUCUGAGUCAGAUUCGACUCAAAAACCUGUGUGGACACCCAACUAAGAAGUAUCGAACGUUUAUUAGUCUAGGAAUAUUCGAAAGUAAAGUAGAAAACUCUUUAAUUCAGAAGAAUAAAACCUUUUUCGGGCGAUUUCUAGAAAAGCUGUUUGGAAAAUCUCGAUCAUGUGAAAACUUGCAUGUACUCUGAUCGAGAGGAGAGGUUACAUCUUCAGCAUCACUGUAGUGUUAAUCUCAAAUUCAAAUUGUUGACUGUACUAACCGACUCUAUUAUGUUUUAUUCGAAAUGCGAGAAAUUAACGUUGUUUUAUAAUUUUUACUCAACAAACAUUUACUAAAACCUAUAACUGGUUGAGUCAAGAUUGUCUCAAAGGCAGCGUAAUCUUUACGAGUAAAAUUACACUAAUGAUAUGAAUACUUUUGUACCAUGUUAAUCAGAAUUUAAUUGAAGGUAAUUAAAGUGUUUCUCAGCUGAAGAGGAUAACACUUUCGAGAAAAAAUAUAACACAAGACUGAGAACGAUGAUCAUUUUUCCAAAAGGCUUUGUAUUUCAAAUAUUACUUAGGUGAUGUUAAAUGAAAUUUCUGUGGAUAUGCUGUAAAUCACGUUUCUUGAUAGUGGUGCUAAUUGAACAUGGCUAAAGGACGUAAAGGGUUUCAAUUAGUAUACAUAGGUAAUUUAAAUAGAUGCCUUAAAGAAAAGUGUAUUUAAUUUGCAUAAUCUCCUGAUACAGUUAUAUAUGUGUGUGUAUAAUCUCUAUACUUCAGAGCAAUAUCAAUUAUUGAGAACUUGUGAGAAAAAACUACUAUUCAAAUUUAAUUAUUUUUUUAUUAUUACCACAUUUUUAGUUA